AUGUCCAGGCGGUUGAGCCAGUCUGCACGCUGGCACAACUCCUUGACGCGUUCGAAAGAACCUGAAUCCACCUGCCAGACCUCGACGAGUCCUUGUCUCCCGGAAGACACAUGGAUGUCGACCUUUGCGGCUUCCCCUUCUCAAAAUAUCGACAUCCCAAGAGAUGAGUACGCUGGUCUGGGAGGAGCGGAUGGCGAAGACUCGGGUGAUGGGGAUGAGGAGCUUGUCAAGGAGAUGAUAGAUGAUGCGGCUGGCAACGACAAUGAUGAGGGCAAGCUUGCUGGGCUCUUCGCGGAUUACUUGUCAUGCGUUCAGGCCUGCAAAUGA